AUGGCCACCUAUCACCAGAACCCAAGGUCACGAUUUACUAAAUGUUUUAUUGCUUUGCUCCUUCAGAUACCAGAUGAUGAGAAGGGGUAUGAGUUGGACCUCUUCUGUGUCCCCAAACACUAUGAGGAGGAUUUAGACCGGGUCAUCAUCCCUCAUGGACUGAUCAUGGACAGGACUGAGCGCCUGGCUCGUGAUAUAGUCCGGGACAUGGGGGGACACCAUAUAGUAGCACUGUGUGUUCUCAAAGGAGGUUAUAAAUUCUUUGCCGACCUGCUGGACUACAUCAAGGCCCUAAAUCAGAACUGCGAUAAGUCUGUCCCGUUGACUGUGGAUUUCAUUAGACUAAAGAGCUAUUGUAAUGACCAGUCUACAAACAGUGUCAAAGUUAUUGGAGGGGAUGAGCUCUCUACUCUAACGGGGAAGAAUGUUUUGAUAGUUGAGGACAUUGUGGAGACUGGGAGGACUAUGGAGACACUGCUAUCACUGCUGAGUGAAUGCAAUCCAAAGAUGGUCAAAGUGGUCAGCCUUCUAGUUAAGAGAACACCAAGGAGCUCAGGAUAUAGACCAGACUACAUGGGGUUUGAGGUGCCUGAUUGGUUCCUGGUGGGAUAUGCCCUGGACUACAACGAGUACUUCAGAGAUCUCAGUCACAUCUGUAUACUGAACGAGAAAGCAAAGGUGAAGUACAAAGUGUGAGCUGAAGAGGAGGCAAUGGACAGAUGGAUGAACCACUUUGGAUGAACCACUAGGAAAAGUUUGAUUUUUGGGGUUCUGAACCAAAUGUUUUUUUUUUUUACUCAUGGAUCCUACUUACAUAUUUAAUAGAGCCCCACAGUGGUGGUGUCAUAAUACCUAUAUAACCUAGAGGUCAAUCAGAGAAAUG